GAGACGACACAGAAAAUGACGUAACAACAUGGCGACGGGCUAAAGUGGCGAGCCAGUUGCCGAGCGCACAGCUUCGGCUGUUUUUCUAACAUUUCCGGCGUUUAGAAGCACAACUAUUCACGCUUGAACAUGGAGUGGGAUCUGGAAGGCUACGCUAUAGGAUCUCGGCCUUCCCUGCCAGAGUUUGGGGAGUUGUUAGAAGAUGUCACAUUCGUGGACUACUUCAACAUCUUCCUAAGUCUGCCGGUCUUUGGACAGAGUUUGUUUUACCGACGGUCUGUCAAAAAGUUUGAGCUGCACCCAUCAAUCAACAAGGCUAUCUAUGUCCUGGACCGUCAGAAGUUGCAGAGCUGGGUGAUCCGUGAGCGUUUCUCCCUGUUCCUGACCUCUGACCUCUAUGUGGAGUACCUACUGAACAAGAGACUGAGACAGACCAUGGUACAUCUCACUCCCAGUGACAGGGAUGGCAGCAAAGACAAGCGAUUGAGGAGUCCUGGCGACAUGUUACGCCGGGCGCUGAAAAAGGCCCGCGGUAUGAGGCGGUUCCGCCAGUCACUCGCGGGCACUCCGGGACGGUGUUACCUGGCCUUCUGGUUGGACGCUGAGAUGUACCGACGACAGCCGUGCGCCGGGAAAAGAAGGGUUCUUCUGAGGAACAUCAUCAGGAAGUACUUCUGUAAUGGAGCGGCCUUGGAGAUGCCUCCAGCCAUGAAACUACAACUCCUACAAGCUGGUGUUGAUGAAAAGUUGACAUUACAAGCAGAGUUCAGUGAAGGCUGCCCCUCCCCACAUCUACUGGUUUAUGUACAACAGGAGGUUCUGAACACCAUACAGUCCUACUGGUUACCUCGAUACAUGGGCUGGUGUAGGGCCAGGUACAAGGAGUCCAUAAGUAAUCCUGGGCAGUACUUCAUACUGGAUGAUGACUAUGAGGAUGAUGAUGAUGACGGGUUAUCACAGACAGCGAGCAUCACGAACAUCACGGUAGCCGGACUGGUACAGCUCGCCCUGUCUCCCGCCGCAGACAGCGCGAGAGAGUCUGUGUCGUCAACAUACCUGGGUCGGCAGGAGUCUGAUAUUGCUGUUGCAAAGGAGGAUGGGAAAACUGAGUUGUCGUUGCAAGAAGCAGUGUCUCCCACAAAAAGCAUUUCUAAGAAGGAGGUCACAGCAGAAACUCCUCCCAGAGCACCACCCAUAGUCAGGAUAGUGGAGCCAGACGGAACUGUCACUCAGGCUAGGUCAGAGCCUCAGGAGGCUGAUAGCCAGGCUAGGUCAGAGCCUAAGGAGGCUGGUAGCCAGGCUAAGUUAGAGGCAGUCAAGAAAGAGAGUCAACAAGCUCAGACUGAUGAAGAGAAAGCCCAACAGGAGAGAAAUAAACAGGUGAAGCAGGCCCUCCACCAGCUGAAGACAAAGUACCCGAUGCGACUGACCCCCAAGGCCCUGUCCAUGCUACAGAAACAAGAGAAACAGAAACAGAAGAAAGCGGAGAGUCUUGAUGAACCCAGAGGCCGGGACAGACGCAGGGACACCAGUACCCCUGCACAACUGACGGCCUGGAGGAAUAAAUUCAAACGAAAAAUGAGAAAGGAAAAACCAGAGGUGUUGCCCGCUGUGAAGCCACAAAAACCUUCAGUAGACAAGAAAAGUCCACGUAAGCCCAAGCCCAGCAAAAAUGACACCCCACGCAUGCCUAUCAGAGUAGAGCUGUCUUCCAAGACUGGCUUCACUGCCAAGACAAAGGAAAUCAAGAACAAGACGGAGUCUGCCAGUCACGGAGACAGUUAUCCUUUCCAUCUUCCACAUCUCAGGGGUGACCUACCACAACCCACUUCUUAUAGCCUGUACUCCUUAUACAAGGAACAACAGGAAGUUUUCCUAAGGAACAACAAGUUCAUUUUCUUAGCCUUGGAGUCAGAUAGACUAGCAGGAGACCCUUUUUGUUCCUACCUGGAUAAAGAAAGUUUGGAGAGAGAGAAGAAUGUCUUUAAGUUUUGGCAGGCGGCACAGGAGUUGUUGAACCUUGAGAUGACGUUUUCGUCGGGGGAUAAGACAGUUUGGUAUGAUAAGAGUAGGAGGUUGGUGGAGACACACAUGAGGCCGGGGUUAGUGGAGUACAGUGCUGUAGGGCUGGGGUUAGGGGAGGUACUGAGGAACACACCUCCCUCGGCACUGUGGUGUGUUUACCUACAGCAGGCACAGAUCAACAUCACUGCGACUAUCACGCAGAGUUGGAAGGAGUAUUGUGAAAAGGACAUAGACAACUUUCAAAAGGCUGUGUCCAUUCGGCAAAGACGAGCUGGUGUAGGAACCAGCGACUACCUCCCGCUCCUCCGGACCUCGUCCCUAGGAAUGUCGGGGCUCCCCGCCAGAAAAAGCAGCACCGAGAUUUUCGCCAAGAGGCAGGCGACGCCUCCUUUACCCGGGGAAGGUGUUAAAGUAAUAGUUGAUAAGGAACCUCCAGGUCUUAAGCUUCGGAAGGAGAAAGCUGUGAGUCUGGCUGACCAGGUCUCAAGAACAGUGGAUAUUCAGGAGAUGGAAGACUUGAGUGAUUACUUUGAGGAGUCUGAUGACGAACUGUCACUCAAAAAAGAGAAGAUGGUACCUACUCGAAGACUUUCGGUGCUCCCAAAGAAAGUGGACUACAAGCAGCUGGCAGCCCAGAGUGCGAGGGAAUACCCCAACAAGUGGUACCGCCCUGUACAGAGGGCAGAGGUGCAGGGACCAGGAAACUCCAAGAUGCCGUUUUUCUUCCGCUCCGUCAAGAAACAUGGCGUUGUCUUACCUCCACCAAGCAAACCAAAGAACUUUUUGGAGGUCCUGCGACACAGUGUACAUCUGGAGUACUUCAAGCGUUACCUGAUGUCGGAGGGUUCGGAGGCUCCCCUGCUGUUCUGGAUUGCUGUGGAGAACAUGCGGGUCCACAGUAAGGACAACAGGGAGAAACAGGCCAAGUCUACACAGAUCGUCAGGAGGUACUUCAGCAAACAGGCAGGGAAAGGUGUUGCCCUCCAGUGUGAAGCUCAGGUGAUAAAGGACAUUGCUAAGAUGGGUAACAUCACCCCUGCCAUGUUACUGUCUGCACAGGCUGCUGUGGGGAAGUCACUCGGUGAUCGCUGGUAUGAGAAGUACAGGGAUUGUUUCCCAGAUGACAGCACCACGGACCUACCAGAAAUAGAGCAAGAGGAAGCUGAUUCUCCAACAGACAAAUCCAAACCCAAAGUCAUCAGUCUGAAAGCAAAAACGAGAGCCAUCUGUAUUGCCAUAGUUCGGUCCAUCAUCGGCCUGAGACAUGCCUUACACAGGAGACUACAGAGUCAGGAGUUCGAAGACUAUCUGAGGGCUGAGAGCUUUAGACCCAACUCUGCAAAUAUUGCUACCCCUAACCAGCCAAAGAUCAAGGACUUCGAGACCACCGAGUUCUUAGACUUUGAGGAUAAGGAGAAAGAGAAGAAACCUCGGCUGACAAGACGGUUCAUCUCAGGUCGAGUCAUCUAUGUGGAGAAACUGCCAAAGGAUGUGGCUUUCUUUAAGGAAGUGGAAUGCUACAAAGCCCUAGCAGAUGAGGUAGCUAAGAAUGCCAGUGCAGGUGAAUACUCCAUGGAUGAGGAUGAACUACUGAAGAGGAAGGCCUCUGCCAUUAUCAAGUGUUUCCUUGAGUCAUCAUUUCCUCCAAAGGUCCAGAUAAACAUCCCACCAGAAAUGGCCUCCCAUAUCAUAGCGGACUGGAACCGUGGUUUCUGCGACCGUGGGCUGUUCUAUGAUGCAACCAUGACCAUCUUUCCCACGUUGGUGCACUUCUGGAAAAAGUUUUGCCGUGAGAAGAACAACCUCUCAGCCCAGGAAGAUUGGAGACUGUCGCUGAAGAAAAAGACAUUUGAGUUCCCAGACUACCUGAACAUCAAUACAAAGUCACCUUAUACCAAGAUUCCUGGGAUCUCAUUUUCGGACCCCCCGCGGCUCCUGUUCUCCAUGGCACAAGGCCCCCGACUCAUCACUCCCCCCAAGCUGCCCGAGAACAGCGAUGACGUGCCUGAAGAACUCAUGGUUUACCUGUCUGCACGUGGGGAAGUUGUCAGGGGGGUCUCCCCAAAUGCUUUAGUACGUUAGGGUCUAUCCGGUUUAGCGUCCGUUGUUCCUUGUCCGAAGUUGGACGUUUCGUCAAGUCGUUUCAGUCUGAUUGCUGCCCUCCAUCCGUCUCUGUCAAGAGUGUUCGCUUUUUGCAAGUCCAGUUUUCUAAGAUCUUCAUUGACACUGUCUACCCAUAUCUUCUUGGGGUGCCCAUGUUAGGCCAUAG